AUGGCUAGUCCUACCGUUCUCACCUUUGAUGCUGAGGGACGUGCAGUUGACUUUGACGUGUGGGUUGACGACCUACAGCUCUUUCUUCAGUGUGAUUCUAGGGAUGGGGUAUCCCUUUUCGAUCACACGUCCGGUGUUUCCACUGCUCCUGCUGCCACUGCUGACAGUACUGUUCGCUCGCAGUGGACCACUCGUGACGCUGUUGCUCGUGUUGCUGUUCGUAGUCACCUGCCGCCUGCUGAGCGCGCGCACUUUGGCCAGUACAAGACUGCUCAGUCUUUGUACGACGCUGUAGUUGCACGCAACUCCUCCCCUGCCACUGCUGCCCUCAGCCGCCUCAUGCUACCGUACCUUUUCCCUGACCUUGCUGCCUUUGCCACAGUCGCUGACCUAGUUGCUCACCUGCGCACUAGUGACGCCCGCUACCGCGCUGCCCUUCCCACUGAGUUCUUCAGGGACCACUUUCUCUCCCUUUGCCCCACCGAGCUGACUGUCGACCUGCUAGAGGAGCGCCUUGCUGCAGCUGAGAAGAGUAUUUUAGCUGUAGGUGCUUCUCGCGGCGACCGUCGCACCCCCUUCUUUGAGGGGUGUUCCCCUGUCCCCCUUCUCCCCUCUGUUGCUUCUGCUACUGCUGUCGACCUCGUUGGCACUCAGGAGGUCGGCGCUGCGUCUGCCUCUAGUGGGAGACGCCGCACCAGCAAGGGCAAGGGGAGCAAGGGUGGUGGAAGGGGCGGCGGGGGCAGCAGUGGAGGAGGUGGAGGCGGCGGAGGAGGUGGAGGUGGUGGUGGGGGUGGUACCGGGAGUGGGGGCAUCAGUGGCGGCGGUGGAGGUCGUGGCGGCGGUGGCGGAGGUGGUGGAGGCCGCGGCAGCGGUGGUGGAGGUGGCGGCGGCGGUGGUGCUGGUCGAGGAGCAGCCGAGCAGCGUGGAGGCUUUGGUGGCAGCCAGCGCCAGCAGCAGCUGCACACCCGUGAGACCCCGUCGGUUCAGCAGCUUCGUGAGUGUGUCCCGCCCGACCCAGGCAUUUCGGCUGCUGCUCUAGGUGCUAGUGCAUUUGCUGCUCCAGGUGCUGGUGCGUCUGCUGCUCCAGGUGCUGGUGCGUCUGCUCUCUCUGGUACUGCACCUACUGAGUCCUUGCACACUUUCACACUUGACUCUGGUGCUUCGUGCUCUUUCUCUAGAGACAGCACCACGCUCACGCCGCUCAGUCGGCCUGUAGCAGUCUCCCUGGCUGACCCCUCUGGGGGCCCAGUCCUUGCACACUCCUCUACGGUUCUACCGUGUCCUGCGGCCCCGUCGGGCUUGCUGUCGGGACUCCACCUCCCCUCGUUCUCUACGAACUUGGUGAGUGGAGCUGACCUCCAGGACGCGUGGGUUGACCAGUUCACCCCUGGAGGUCUAGUCCUACGUCUGCCCCCUGCUCGUGUCGUCCUCUGGCGCACGAGACUCUCCUUUGGCACCACCGCCUUGGUCACCCCUCCCUACCUCGUCUUCGAGGGCCGGCAGCACGCCGCUCCUCACUCCUCCUCGUUCCCUCCGACUGAGGCUCCUCUGCAGACUCUUCACAUGGACGUGUGGGGCCCAGCCCGCGUCCGUGGACAGGGUCACGAGCGUUACUUCCUGCUGGUCGUUGACGACUACUCGCGUUACACCACAGUCUUCCCCUUGCGCAGCAAGGGUGAGGUCCCUGAGGUGUUGAUCGACUGGAUCCGCGGUGCUCGUCGCCAGCUCAGUGAGAGUUUCGGCUUGGACCUUCCUGUUCUGCGACUGCACUCAGACAGAGGUGGGGAGUUUUCCUCUGACCUCCUGAGAGCCUUCUGUCGUUCGGAGGGCAUCCGCCAGACGUUCACGCUUCCGGCCUCCCCGCAGCAAAAUGGGAUUGCUGAGCGCCGCAUUGGCAUGGUCAUGGACGUCGCUCGUACGUCCAUGAUCCAUGCGGCUGCUCCCCAUUUUUCUGUGGCCGUUCGCGGUUCAGUACGCGGCGCAUCAGAUCAACCUUCAGCCUCGGCUUUCGUCCGUGACUUGUCUGCGGACAAGCUGUCCUCCCGUGCUGUUCCUUGCAUCUUCCUCGGCUUCCCCCCUGACGCGCCUGGUUGGCAGUUUUACCACCCCACCUCGAGUCGUGUUCUGUCCUCCCAGGACGUCACGUUUGACGAGUCGGUUCCGUACUACCGUCUCUUCCCCUACCGUGCUGCCCCCCUCCCCCCCCCGCCGCUCUUCCUCACGCCCGUAGAUGCAGUCGAGCCUGUCGAGGUAGCUGUUGACUCUGUUACUUCUGGGGGUGCUGAGCCUGAGCAUGCGGAGCCUUUGGAUGCUGGGUCUGGGGGUGCUGAGCCUGGGGUUGCUGAGAGUGGGGGUGCAGAGCCUGCCGGUGCUGGACCUAGAGGUCCUUCGGGAGCUUUGCCCCGGCGGGAGCUACCCUCCCCACAGGAGCUGCGCGAGUGGUUUGCUCGGCACUGGAGCCGUGCUACUGGAGCUGGUGGUGCUGCCGGUGCUGGAGGUUCUACUGCUGCCGGGGGUGCUGGAGCCACGGGUCCCGGAGGUGCUCGUACUGGAGGUACUGGAGCUGCUGGGAGUGGUGGUGCUACUGGUGCUGGAGCUACUGGUGGAGCUGGAGCUGGCCGUGCUGCUGGAGUCGGUGCUGCUGGAGGUACUGGAGCCGGAGCUGCUGAGUCUUCCGGGGGUCCUGCUGGAGCUGGAGCUGCUGGAGGUACUGGAGCUGGAGGUGCUGCUGGAGCCGGUGCUCCUGUGGGUGCUGGAGUUGGCGCUACUGGAGCUGCUGGGGGUGCUCCUGGUGCUGGUGGUGCUGCUGGAGUUGGAGCUGACGCUGGGGGUGCUGGUGCUGUCCCUGCUGGUUCUGGAGGCGCUGCGCGGCCGCGGCCGUACUUUGUUCCGCUCCUUGAGCAGGUUCUUGGUCUUCCGCCUUCUCCUGGUCCUGCUCCUUCCUUAGAGUGUCCACCACCUGUCCAGUCCGAGUCACAGUUCCAGCUGACCUCCCCUAUUCCUGCUCCUUCUCCCUACGCUGGUCCUACUGGAGGUCUUGCUGAGCAUCGUGAGCCUGAGUCGCGUCCUGCGUCGCCUGUUCGUACUGCUCGCACUAGUCGUCGUGUUCCACGUCAGCGUCCUCCUGCGGUCCCGGGCACGCAUCAGAUGGCAGUGCGUCCUUCCACUGCGUCACAGCGUGUCCCUUUGCCGUCUCCUCCAGCAUCCUCUCUUCCUGCUCUUGCUGACCCGGAGUCUGACUCCCUUCGUGCUGCCAGUCCUACUGUCACGCGUUUCCUAGCCACUGUUGUCACUGACCCUUCCUUUGAGUCCACUUCUGCGUCUGCCUUAGUUGCCGAGCUUGUCGACUUCGCUGCUCACUGUCGUCUAGACUACGCCGCUAGUCUUGUUGCUGAGUCUGCGUCUGUCUGUCCUCCGUCCGUCGUGGGUGAGUGUGCUCUUAGCACGGACGGAGACCCGGAUGCACCAGUCAUCCCGACCCCGCGCUCUUACGCAGAGGCGAUAGAGGGUCCUUACUCCUCUCAGUGGCAGGCAGCCAUGGAUGUAGAUAUGGCUUCCUGGAAGUCCACAGGCACCUACCUCGACGAGGUUCCCCCACCUGGGGCGAACAUCGUCAGUGGCAUGUGGAUUUUCAGGGUGAAGCGGCCGCUGGGUUCUCCGUCUGUCUUCAAGGCGCGUUACGUGGCUCGAGGCUUCAGUCAGCGGCAGGGAGUUGACUACUUUCAGACCUUCUCCCCGACCCCGAAGAUGACCACUCUUCGGGUUCUGCUGCACGUCGCUGCUCAGCGUGACUACGAGCUUCACUCCCUUGACUUCAGCACUGCUUUCCUACAGGGCAGCCUGCACAAGGAGAUCUGGCUGCGCCGCCCACCUGGCUUCACUGGGUCGUUUCCUCCUGGUACCCAUUGGAGCCUCCGGCGGCCAGUCUACGGUCUCCGCCAGGCGCCCCGUGAGUGGCACGACACACUGAGGACUACGCUUGCGGCUCUUGGGUUUGCUCCUUCCACUGCUGACCCGUCGCUGUUUCUUCGCACUGACACUUUGCUGCCGCCGUUCUACAUCCUCGUGUACGUCGACGACUUGGUCUUUGCUACGGCUGACACUGCUGGACUCGCCCACGUGAAGUCUGAGCUGCAGAAGAGACACACGUGCACAGACCUGGGUGAACUGCGUAGCUAUCUUGGCUUGCAGAUCACUCGGGACAGAGCACGGCGCACCAUUACCUUGACUCAGUCACACAUGGUGCAGCAGGUCCUUCAGCGCUUCGACUUCACUUACUCCUCGCCUCAGGCCACUCCUCUGUCUACUCGCCACUCGCUCUCAGCUCUGCCUUCGGAUGAGUCCGUAGAGCCGAGUGGCCCGUACCCAGAGCUUGUUGGCUGCCUCAUGUACCUGAUGACCUGCACUCGACCUGACCUGGCAUACCCUCUUAGCAUCUUGGCACGCUAUGUUGCUCCUGGGAGACACCGACCAGAGCACAUGGCUGCAGCGAAGAGGGUGUUGCGCUACUUGUGCAGUACGUCGGGCAUGGGGCUAGUGCUUGGAGGGCGGAGUCCAGUGGUCCUCACUGGUCACGCAGACGCGUCUUGGGUUGACGACCUGGCUACGCAGCGGUCGUCACAGGGUUACACCUUCAGCCUUGGUUCCCGCUCUGUUUCGUGGCGGUCUACUCGCUCGUCUUCUGUUCUCAGCUCCAGCUGUGAGGCUGAGAUCUACGCAGGGGCCAUGGCUGCACAGGAGUUACGCUGGCUCACCUACCUGCUGACUGACCUCGGUGAGCCGCCUCGUUCUCCUCCGAUUCUAUACGUAGACAACAAGGCCAUGCUAGCCUUGUGUCGGGAGCACAGACUGGAGCACAGAACGAAGCACAUUGCUCUUCGCUACUUCCUUGCUCGUGAGCUGCAGCAGCGUGGUCAGCUGCGUCUUGCUUACGUGGCCUCCCAGGCCAACACUGCUGAUAUCUUCACCAAGGCACUUCAGCCUUGUGAUCAUCAGCGCUUCUGUACUAUGCUAGGUCUUGUGCCUACUUUGCCUCACUUGCUUACCUCUUGA